AUGGUGUACAAUUCGUUGACUGAGGCUCCUCGCAACCUCAAGGAGGGCAUUGACUGGUUGAUGGCACUGAGGGGAACUGACGCUGUAAAAAACUCUAGGUCGAUGGGUGCCGCACUUUACAAUUUCUUCUCAGACAAGCUGGUUGGAUUCAAGGAGGUGCCAGCUCUCGAGGAAGUCAAAGUUAUUACUAAGAAGUUCCUGGAGAAGCCGGAACUUAAGGACCGGUCAUACGUAAAGGGGAUGCUGAAACGAUACAACGGACUUAUGGAUAAAAACCCGAAAAAGAUCGGCGAUGUAAUAAAAGGUGUCGAGGAGAGCGAUUACAAGAACGUCGUAAAGGCCCGGGGCGUCAAACCUGAAGAUAUCACAAAGAGCGUAAGCGAAGUUGUUCAUGGGUGUGAGAAGUUCUUGAAACAUAUCAAAGCCCCCGACCAGUAUAAGUCUGCUUACAGCUCAGAAGCUUCGUGGGAGACAUCAUGCGCAAAGGACCCGGAAGCCUGCGCAGUUGUCCUCGUGGGGAUUGCGCCGAUGCUGUACACAGGCAUAUUAUCUUUGUGGGAUGCCAGCAAUCCUCCAGUCUUUGGAUGUAGAACCCCUGGGGCGGCUGAGCGGUUGAGAAAGGUAUUAAAAGCCGUUGGUUACGCAGAGCCGGAGUCCCGUAAUAGUCUGAGUCGUGAUAGGGUCCGCAAGGCAUUGAGCAAUAUGCAUAAAAAUGUGUUGGACACAAUCUACGACUUCGCCGCAUAUUGGGCUUUCUAUUGA